GGAGCGCAGGGCGGGCGCAGGGGCGGUGGCAGCAGCAGCAGCAGCAGCAGCCGGGGCGGUGGCGGCGGCUGCCUGCAGCUGUCAGCGCCCGCUCCUCCGGGGCAGGGCCGCGCUGCGCGCCGACCACCGCGGCCGCCGGGCUGGGCCGAGCCUGUCAGCGCCUCGGGGUGGACACUGAAGGCGCCGUGGUGCUGACCCGCUUCCUUCUUUCUCUCUCUUCGGUCCUCUCUCCCCUCACCCCCCAAAAAAACCCUUUUCCUUCCUCCCUUCCGCCCGCCCAUCGCUGACAUCCUCCUCCGGUCGCCUCCUCCUUCUCCCCCCCCCUCCCCCCUCCCGGGCUGCGCGGCCCCCGCCGCCUCUGCGAGCGCUGCGCACAUCGCCCGAGCCUGCAGCACCGAGCGAAUGUAUGAAAACAUGUCCACAAUGGUGUAUUUAAAGGAAGAGAAGUUGGAGAAGCUUACUCAAGAUGAAAUCAUUGCCAAAACCAAGCAAGUGAUUAACGGACUAGAGGCACUGAAGAAUGAACACAAUUCAAUUUUACAGAGCUUACUUGAAACACUGAAAUGUUUGAAGAAAGAUGAUGAAACUAACCUGGUUGAAGAAAAAUCAAACAUGAUUCGAAAGUCACUGGAAAUGCUGGAGCUUGGCCUUAGUGAAGCACAGGUAAUGAUGGCCUUGUCAAAUCACUUAAAUGCAGUGGAAUCGGAGAAGCAGAAAUUGCGUGCUCAGGUUCGCCGGCUGUGCCAGGAAAAUCAGUGGCUACGCGAUGAACUAGCCAAUACGCAACAGAAACUACAGAAAAGUGAGCAAUCUGUGGCUCAACUGGAGGAAGAAAAGAAACAUCUAGAAUUCAUGAAUCAAUUAAAAAAAUAUGAUGAUGAUAUUUCACCAUCAGAGGAUAAAGAUACGGAUUCCACCAAAGAGCCUUUGGAUGACUUAUUUCCCAAUGAUGAAGAUGACCAAGGACAGGGAAUUCAACAGCAGCAUAGCAGUGCUGCAGCUGCUGCCCAGCAAGGUGGCUAUGAAAUUCCAGCAAGAUUAAGGACCCUUCAUAAUCUUGUUAUUCAGUACGCUUCCCAAGGUAGAUACGAGGUUGCUGUACCUCUCUGUAAACAAGCUCUUGAAGAUCUGGAGAAGACUUCAGGUCAUGAUCAUCCUGAUGUUGCCACUAUGUUGAACAUACUUGCUUUGGUUUACAGAGACCAGAACAAAUACAAAGAUGCAGCAAAUCUCCUGAAUGAUGCCUUGGCUAUCCGUGAAAAGACUUUGGGCAAAGAUCAUCCAGCGGUGGCAGCAACUCUAAACAAUCUUGCAGUACUUUAUGGUAAACGAGGAAAGUACAAAGAAGCUGAACCGUUGUGUAAGCGAGCUCUGGAAAUCAGAGAAAAGGUUCUGGGAAAAGAUCACCCUGAUGUUGCCAAACAAUUAAAUAACUUGGCUUUACUAUGCCAGAACCAGGGUAAAUAUGAGGAGGUUGAAUACUACUAUCAGAGGGCACUGGAGAUUUACCAAACUAAGCUGGGACCCGAUGAUCCAAAUGUUGCGAAAACAAAGAAUAACCUGGCAUCCUGCUAUCUAAAACAGGGCAAAUUUAAGCAAGCGGAAACUUUAUACAAAGAGAUUCUUACUCGUGCUCAUGAACGGGAAUUUGGCUCUGUAGAUGAUGAAAAUAAACCUAUUUGGAUGCAUGCAGAAGAGAGGGAAGAAUGCAAAGGAAAGCAAAAAGAUGGCACAUCUUUUGGAGAAUAUGGUGGCUGGUACAAAGCUUGCAAAGUUGACAGUCCAACAGUAACGACUACCUUAAAGAACCUUGGGGCACUUUACAGACGACAGGGCAAAUUUGAAGCUGCUGAAACAUUAGAAGAGGCAGCAAUGAGAUCUCGUAAACAGGGUCUUGACAAUGUUCAUAAACAGAGAGUUGCUGAAGUGCUGAAUGACCCUGAGAGCAUAGAAAAAAGGCGAAGCCGAGAAAGCCUCAACGUUGAUGUGGUAAAGUACGAGAGCGGUCCUGAUGGAGGCGAGGAAGUGAGUAUGAGCGUAGAAUGGAAUGGGGAUGGCACUGGAUCUUUAAAACGCAGUGGCUCCUUUAGCAAACUUCGUGCUUCCAUUAGACGCAGCAGUGAGAAGCUGGUUAGAAAGCUGAAGGGAGGAAGUUCACGAGACAGUGAACCAAAGAAUCCAGGCAUGAAGCGUGCCAGUUCUCUGAAUGUUCUUAACAUGGGUGGCAAGGCUACUGAAGAUCAUUUUCAAGAACGAAAUAAUUGUCUGACAGACUCGAGAGCUCUGAGCGUCAGUCAUACUGAUCUGGCGCAUUGAGAUUCUUGGAGAGAAGCUAGCUAAUAUUCCUUGGUGAAUAAAGAAGCACUGAGACCUUCAAAGCUUUGGUUCCUCAUCAUUACGUAUAGGAACACCUAGUUUGUAGAUGUUGUUGGGUUUUUUCCAAUGGACUGCUGUUUUUACUUUUCUAAAUAGGAACAAUUUUAAACACAUCAUUAGUGGAUAUUUUCUUCUAAAGGAAAACUAGAUAGAGGUAUAUUGCUCGUUGCACUGCUCCUGUUCAUGCUACUUACAUUGAUUUCUUAAAUAGAUCUGAAUAGUACAGCAGCCAAAAAAAAAAAAAGUAAAAAUACAAACAUAUUUAAAGCAUACCAAAAUUAAAAGAUGUUUGAAAAUGCAGGCAAAAUUAAAUGUGUAGCAGUAAAUAUAUACAGGGCUGAAAUGAGAAAAGGAUAAAUUUAUGUGUGUUACUGUAUAAAUUCAAAUUGAGCAUACUGUAUUGGUGGGGCUUUCCUUUGCACCCCAGGUUAUUGUAAAGUUAGAAACCUUAGCUGGCAAAACAGCACUUACACAUGGCUUACUUAACCACUAGAUCGAGCUAUUAAAUUUUACAAAGAGAUGGUUGGGGUUACAUUACAUAUAGGUAGCACGAAUAGCAAUACCCGUGACCGUAACUUUGACACUUGUUGAUAGAAGUCUAGGGCACAAUAAUAGAUGGAGGUAGGAUGGCUCAUGUUGAUCAGGAGAAACAGAAAAUGUUUUGAUCUUUACCUUGUCUGGUUGAGGGAUACUGAAGUUCUGGACUGCGCCUGUCCCAGAGCAGCUGCUGUUGCUCUUAGGGAAACGUCAAGCCUCAGGUUGAUUUUCUUGCUUGUCCACUGGAAUUUGCAAUCCCAUUCUCUGCUUGCUGAAGGUGCGCCACGUUUCCUGACGCUGAUCCCAAAUCCUGCCUUUCUCCGUCACAGCCAAUGACCGCAGAAGAGGGCAGCUGCACACUGGGCUGUUACACUGUGGAGUAGCUGCUGUGCAAAAGGACCGCUCAAGUCUGACAGGCCCCAGUGGCAAGCAACUUGUUUGACCACACAUCCAUGUUAAAUCUACUUACGGUUAAUAUAUAUGCUGUCUGUAUACAGGACUGCUGCUGGAACUAAGUAUGUAUGUUUUAAGUUUUUUAUAGACACUAGUAUUUCCUUUUGCUUUUCUGUAAAGCUUGUAAUUUUGUUCAUCUUUUGUAAAAAUUCUUACUCAUGUGAAGUUGGAUGAGAAGGUAAAAAAAAACAACCAGUGUGUGUACAAAUGUAUUUGUGGUCGUAGCUGUGUGUUGGAAAAUGCUGAACGAAAUUAACUUGGGGAAAAGCUGGAAUAUUCACUCAAGGCUAGCACCAACCGAAGGAAGUAAAACAGAGACACAGGCAGGUUUUAGUAUUUGAACAGGCUGUGAAGAGUCAUUAGAAUUAGUACUUCGUAGAAGUAUUUGACUGGUUUUGCAUCUGGUUGGUUACGAUAACUGAUGCAAAAAGUUGUAUAUGUAAUGCACUUAACUAUGUUUACCAGUUAUGCUAAUACCUUAUUAGCAUCUCUCUGAAGAAAGCUGCGUAUGGUAUACCUGCUAUAAAGAGAGUUUAGAGGUGGUGGGAUACGAUGCUGCUAAUAUGUAGAAGUUUUAGCACUGAGUAGUGCAAUUCAUUAAUGAACCUGAGCAAGAACAGAUUGUUGCUCAAGUUACCUUAACAAUGUAAACUCAUGUAAUGUAGACUCUUGAGUUUUAAUCAUUUUAUUAAGAGCUUUUUAUAUAAAAAUAUACAUAAUAUAUAUACUUCCCCCAUAGAACAUGUUAUAUGCACCCGUGGGUGACUUUGGUUCCCUGCACAAUGCCAGACGGAGCUGGCAGUGCACAAGGAGCUGUACCUCAGGGUGCUGAGCUGGGUGGGUAUCUGUGUCCCCCCGACUGGGGCUGGCGGGAGAAGCCUGCACAGCCCUCGCCGCGCUGGGCAGCCUGCUGCAAUGUCCUCUGAGAAACUUGCACUGCAACCCCUUGCAGUCAGCCUGUUUCACGCCAGCAGGACGCUGCUGCUAUAGGAGCAACUCAGUGAGCCUUGUAACACACUUGUAGAGCUCCAUGGUUCACUCAAAGACCUUUACAAAAGUUUGACUUCCAAAAAACCCCACAAAACCAUUUAGAAGCAAAACUGAUUUUGGUAAUAAGGAAUUACUUAAACUGAACAAUGUGUUUUCCACAUUGAUCUUUCAGCUUUGAAAGAAAAUUAUUUUUAUAGCCUCCCCCCAAAGAAACCCCCCCAAAACUUGUGUAAAUAGCAAUAAAAUAUGUAACCAAUAUACAUUAAACUUUUAAAAUGCAAGACCAUGGUAUAUUGAUGGUGAUAGUGAGGGAACUUUCUCGGUCAGGAUCUUACUGUUGGUGGCAUUACUAGUACUGUGCUUUUAAAUGUUUUAAACUUUUAUAUAGUAUUUUAAAGCGUGUUGGAAGAUGAAGUUGUUGAGCUACUGCUUAUUAAACAAUUCUUACAUUUAAAAGGGGUUUUUUUUCAAAGAAAAAAAUUUCAAGACUUCUCUAAUUCAUAAAUCCCCAGUCCUUACAGUUAUGGGCCAAUGAGCUGUUUGCAGUUCAAAACUUCGAAAACAAAAAAGUACAAAACCAAAUUGAAGGUCAGCCUUCCUUGUGACUGAAUCAUGAAUUACUUAGUUUCAGGACAUGGUUUGUAUACCUGUAAAUGUCAGGUGAGCUUCUCAUUGGCUUUUACAUAAAAAUGUCUGAAUUUCUCCGUUCCAGUCGUAGCUAACAGUCUGCAUAAAGCAUAAACCCAAAAUACCUGACUCUAGAACUCUCGGAUGUCUUCAGUACCGAACUAAAUCAACAACUCUGAAACAGAAAACUAGAAAAGACCUUCAAAACAGACAGACAUCAUUUUAAUCUAGCACCUUUGUCCUUGCCCAGAAUUGUAAGGGUGACCUUAAUUAAAAACAUAAUGAGGACUCCUGGUUAGGCCAGUUCCUCUGUUCUCCCGGCGUGCAUAGGAUGAACUGUAUGUUGAACUGUUAUGGACAGAAAGGUACCUGUCAGCCUUCUGUCUUGUCUGGUGGCGUGCUGGUUGUUGGCAAUAUUGACAAUAUUUGGUCUUGAGUUUAGGUCUUACUAAAUAUUACUGUAAAAUGUAACUGUUUCAUGAUUUGGUCCUCUCAAGAAGAAUAACUGAACUAUUGCUGUGAUGUUUGUGCUUGGGAGUACUGCAGUGAUAGAACAUAGCACUUAAACAAUGGAGAAAUAAUUGGACAUGUUAUCUAGAGUUUGUACCUUUUCUUAAAACAAACCACAUCCCUCAUCCCCCCCCCCCCCCCCAAGCCCUCCUGAAUGGUAGUAAAUGAAAAUGGUUUUAAGCUUGAGAAGUAUUUGUGCUUAAAUUGUACCAUUUGAAUCCAGUAAUUUUGCAAAUGGUGUGGUUCUGUUGUAAAUAUAUAGUAAAAGGGGCGUGCAGUGCUUCAUUGAAAGUGUGUUUACAAUACUUGAUGAGUUCAAGUGAAUUUAGUUUUUGUUAUGCAGGUCAUGUGUUUUGUCUGAAAGCUGCUAAGAGAAUUGCAUUUUUGGUAAUGUUAGCCUGUACUGAGAGAAUAAAUGUUAAAAGAUAUGAUGCUGUCAAGUUUACAGUUUCAUUGUAGCAACUUUACAUUGUCACAGACUUACAGAAGUAUUGGUAUAAACAUUGGCUCCUUUUUUUUUUUUUUUUUAAAGUUUAGAAUUGAGGGAAAUACUGAACAUCUACAUUUGGUUAUUGCUCCCCCAAACCAUUCACAAUAGUCUCAGUACACUGAAUAGUCCAGGUUAAUAGUGUGGGGGUUUUUUUAAUAAAACCCCAAAAACCUGUAAUAACAAAGCAAGAAGCAAAGCCCAGUGCCCCCACCUGAUAGAGGUCAAAAGACCCGAGUUGUUGGGGAAAGGCUUGUGCUCGCAGUGAAGUUGCAAAACUGCUCUGUAGUUGUGGCUGCUUUUUAAUAAGAAAUAUUUUAGAGAACUAUAGUUGACAGUUCAUUUAAUGCUCCAGCUACAUCAAAAAGCUUGAAGCUGCUCUAACAGUUGUGCUGGCACACACGAGAGAGGCUAAAAAUUGUACGCAGCAUGGAACAAGCAUAGUGAAGUAGCUUUUAAAACCAGUAUUUAGACUGAAUUCACAAUUCAAGCAUGGGAAGUUGAGUCUUUAGUUUUAAAUUAUGUAGUAGAAGCAUGAUACAGGGGUGGUGGUAGGUGACAGUGUAAUUAAGCCAGAUGAGUUCUAUGGAUUAUUCUGAGUUCCAGAACCUGGUUUAAAAAAACAACCGAACAACAGCAAAACCAGACAACCAGUUGUAAUGCCCACGUAUCCUUGAGGGAGACCAUCCUUCCCCCCAAUAACUGUAUUUCAUGUUUGAUUUAAAAAAAUAAACUUUCCAAGAUUGGUUUUAAGGUGCUUCAUUUUGAUCUCCAUGUGUAGCUACUGCUUGUCACAGCUAUGGACAAAAUCCCACUCAGAAUUCACCUGUUUGUCUUACCCCAUAAAACUGUUCAAAAUAAACUUCCACAAAUGUUACUUGUAACAUUGUAGUAAUUCACUGUGAUUUCAUCAAGAAACUUGUAAUGAGCUUAAUUAGUGUGGUGUACUACAUCUGUUUUGUUAAUAGAUCAGCCAUGUACAUUCUUUAUCUUUACCAAGCACAAAUGAAUUUGGUUCUACUUUUCCAAAGCAAUGUUUCCAGAACCCUAUAUGCUCUUUUUGCUGAAAAAAGACCUCUAAAUACAUCACAGAUCUGUAGAUUAAUUUAAAACUGUUUAAAAGUGUCAUUUAAAGUUUUUUUUCAAAGUGUAGAAAAAUAUUUAAAUGUAGUCUUACAGGAUAAAGAUGACAUACUUAAUACAUUCUAGAAUGUAAAUCUUCUUUGUAAAAAAUUACUUCAGUUUUUUUUCCUGUAUAGAUACAAGUCUCAGUUGUGAAAUCCAAAGAUGAAUAAAGCUGUAUAA